UAAUAAUUGAAUCACUGAGAGGCCUACCUCCAGUAAAUGAGGAAAGCAUUAUAUUUAAAGAAGAUCGGCAAGCAGCAGGAAAGAUAUUUGAGAUAUUUGGUCCUGUUUUACAUCCUUUUUAUGUGUUAAGAUUUAACAGCUCUGAGCAUAUCAAAGCAAAAGGUAUUAAUGUGCAAGAUAGCAUGUAUUUUGCUCCAUCAGUAGAGGACUUCACCCAGUAUAUAUUUGCAGAGAAACUAAAACAAGAAAAAGGUUCAGAUGCAUCUUGGAAGAAUGACCAAGAGCCACCACCUGAGGCCUUGGAUUUCAGUGAUGAUGAAAAAGAAAGAGAGGCAAAGCAGAAGAAGAAGAAGCCUCAAAGUCAAGGAAGGAAGAAACUCAAAUCGGAAACAAGUAUGUCAAGUGAGAAUAAAGGACUUCAUCAGCCAAUGCAACAGCCUGCUUCAAGUUACUCAAGGGGGUAUCGUGGCAGAGGGUUCUCCAGGGAUCCAUUUCCUCCUCCAUCAGGCCCUCCAGGAUUUUUGAGACCACAAGUAAGACUGCCGCAGCAGUACUCUUCAGACAACAGAACACAUGAGCAAUCUCCAGUGUUUCCUCAUAGAAAAGAAAAUCCAGUGAUGCAGCAGUACCCCUUUCCUCCUCCAGUUUUUGGUUCUGUUAACGAUAUGCAUCAAUUCCACCUUCCACCUUCAAACCUGAAUAUGAUUUGGACAGGCCCAAAUAUGUACAACUCAUCAUACCCAUUUUUACCGCCUCCACCACCGCCACCUCCACCUCCCCCAGAUAGCCACCCUGCUCAGUUCAGGCCUUACUAA